AUGAAUUUGCAGCAAAACGAAGCGCCCGCGCCGCGGCGCUACCAUCGCCGUCGCCCGCUUAUCCGACGCCAUUUUCACACAUCCAGUGAGCUUUCCCACAAUCAGAUCACUAAGCAUCCCCCACAGCGACAACAUUGUGGGACACGAGUCGUGUCGCAAGCAGCGUUGCCCUCGCACGUGCUCUUAACUCAGCUGGUGACUUUAAAAAGACUGUUUUGUCACUUAAUCUCGUUUUAA